UAACACGUCAUCCAGGUAAGUUAGAAGUGGGUCGGAGAGACAGAGAGAGAGAGACAGACAGACAGAGAGUCACCUGGCGACAUGGCCGACUCCCAGUUGAUGUGUUUGGAUGACAAUCACAUUAACGCCAACAUCAACGAUAAGAAUCCACAAUUCUUCUACUGCGAGUCGCAGCGUUUAGCCCUGGAGGAACUGCUGGUGUCCGGGGCCACGGAUUUCAGCAAAGUGACCAACAAACUGGGCGUGAAGGAGUUCAUCUCUUCCAAGGAGGCGAGGGAAAUCUCCCGGAGCUGCGAGAAGUACAAGGAGGAACGGGGCGACGCUCCCCGAAGCAAGGAAGGGGAGAGCGAAGACUCCCUGACCUACUGGCCGGAGAAGAGCGAUGUCCCGAUCCCAGACUUGGACAUGGGUUGGACGGAGCAUGUGGCUUAUCGGGGGAUCACCAGAGCCACUGUCUACAUGCACCCCCCCAAGAACAACGACCCUUUCAUCAAGCAAAUAGUGAGGACCGCCAUCCAAGAGGCGAGGAAGGUGGUGGCGGUGGUGAUGGACGACUUCACGGACCGCAACAUUCUGGAAGACCUGCUGGAGGCAAGUUACAGGCACAGGGUGGGCGUCUACAUCGUGCUGGACCAGGACAACCUGGACAACUUCCUGGAGAUGUGCCGGACCGUGGAGCUGAACCAGCUGAAGAUCAGAAACAUUCGGGUCCGCUCCAUUGGCGGCACCGGGCUCUACCUGACGGCGGGACACCUGAAGGGCACGUUGAACCAGAAGUUCAUGAUCGUGGAUGGUGACAAAGCCUUCUCCGGCUCAUACAGCUUCACCUGGAGCAGCGCCCGGCUGCACCGCAGUUCUCUGGCCCUGUUCACGGGCCAGGUGCUGGAGGCCUUCGACAACGAGUUCCGCGAGCUCUACGCGAGCUCCGAGGCCGUCGACCUGCACGGCCGCCUGGGCAUCGAGCGCUCGCUCCUGGACGCGGCGUCCGCCGCCCAGCACCCACCGCCCCGCUCCAGCGAGCUGAGGCCCAAGUUCUACCACCCCAAGUACAUGCUGGUGAUGGAGGGGAUACGGCGGGCUGCCUCGGACAACCAGCUGGCCGCCGACAAGGCCGAAAACAAGGAAAAGGCCUCAGAGCGGACCCUCAACCGCCGAGACUCUCGCCGGGGCACCAUGAAGGAUAGCAAGAAGGAGGACGAUGGGGAGAAUGGCCAGGCCGUCCGAGACUGGCUACUGAACAACGACGUGAAGGGGCUGGAGCACCCGGAGCCAUUGGAAGACCUGGUCCCGCCCAGCAGGAUGCCCAACGGGGGCAAGGACCUGGGGGGCAAGGACCUGGGGCCCAAGCUCAGGCUCCUCGACUUCAGCAGGGCCUUUGGCACCAGGUCGGCACAAGGGCUCGGCAAGGACAGGUCAGAUCCGCCGGAGGAGGCCUCCAGGAAAGGCAGCAAAGGCAAGAAGAAGAAAGAAGAGCCGGCUAAAGGAACCAGACUGAGCCCAGAGGCUGAAGCCCAGGACAAAGCCAAUGCAGGGAAGUCAAGUUCCUCGUUCCUCGAAAGACAAGUCAGCUCCGUCACCACCAAAAGUAAACGGGACAAGUGCCGGGUAUCGUGAAGAAUCGAGGGCAAAGUCGUGCUGCACGGAGUCAGGCCCUUCGGCCCUUCGGCCCGUGGACCACCCAAUCUCACUUUAUUCUCCCCACGUCCCCAUCAUCUGCCCCUCCGCCCCGAGAUUCUCCCACCAUCACUCGUGCGUUUUGGAGGACGCGGAGGAUAGCAACGCCGUCACAGUGAGAAGGUGCAAAGCCCGUACAGACAGCGCCCGAGGCUGGGAUUGAACCUGGAUCGUUGGAGCCCGACCAGGUUUAGUUUAGUUCCAGUUUAGAGCUGCACCGCGGAAACAGACCCUUAGGCCCACCGAGUCCACGCCGACUGGCGAUCACCCAUUCACACGCUAGUUCUAUGCUACCACACUUUCUCACACACUCCCAACACACCAGCGGCAAUUUACAGAAGCCAAUUAACCUACAAACCCGCACGUCCUUGGGAUGAGGAAACCAGAGCACCCGGAGAAAACCCACGCGGUCACAGGGAGAGCGGACAAACUCCAUACAGACAGCACCCAUAGUGACGAUCGAACUGGGGUUUCUGGCGCUGUGAGGCGGCAACUCUACCAUCGCGACACUGUGGUCGAGGUGGGGACGGGCACAAAUUUGGAGACGGAUUACUGAGGGACUUGCUUCUUUCAGCUGGUGUACCAGUUUGCAUGUUUUCUUCCCUCUCUAGUCCUGUUGGCAACCUCGAUCAGUUGCGACCUACCUGAGGUGCUCAACACUGGUCAUAAGUGAUAGGAGCAGAAUUAGGCCAUUCGGCCCAUCCAGUCUGCUCCCCCAUUCAAUCAUGGCCGCUCCAUCUCUCCCUCCUAACCCCAU